AUGGAAAGCAAAAAAUCGACUGAUGUGAUUGAUGAAGACUAUUUUAAUUUAGCUUUAAAAGUAUUAGAAAGCUUACACCACUUCCAUAAGCAAUUAAGUCCACUGAGAAAAUCCCAACUCUGUUGAACGAGAAAAAAAUUGUGGAAAAUACAUUCAUACAUAAGUGAUAAUUAUUAGAUGAAAUCUCUGGGAUUCUAUUGGACUUGCAUUUUAAAUAAUUAAAUUAAUUUUCUCUUCAAAUUUUUUUAGGAUAUUUAAAUUUUAAAGUUUUCUAAAUUAUAAUAAGGCUUAAAGCAAUUUUUCCCUACUUAUGAAGGGGGAGUCAGAUGAAUUCGGAAACUCUGUAAUUCAAAUGAACGUGAAACAAGAUCUAAAUGAACAACUAAGUGAAAUAAUUCAUUAUCUAAAACAGGUUUUUGGAGAUCCGCUAAAUAGCAGCCUUAUUGAAAGAUUUAAAUAUGCUCUUCAAAGCGAAUAUGAACAGUUUGGAGAGUUUGGGGAUACAAAAGAACUUAUUUAUUGCAUAAUCAGCUUAGUUCAUGAGUGCUGUCAAAUUUGCUUUGAAGAUAGUGGUCCUGAUCUAUGCCCUUCUCAUCAAUACUUUUCAUAUUCUUUUAUUAAGGAAAAAUCAGAAACAGAAGGCUACUAUCAUUUCGGAAUAGUAAUUGAUACCCCUGAGAUGAAAAAAGGCAUUUCACCCGGUGAGUCAAAAUACAUAUAUAAAAACAAAGAAAAAAAUACAGAGACAGACUAUCAGAUCCCAAAAUUCAAUAGAUUUCUCCUAUGCAGCCUUGAUUAUGAAGAAAGUAAAGAAGAAUCAUUGCAAAAAGAGAAGGGAAUUAGCUUUUAUGCCAGCAAUUACCAUAUGGAUAUUAAUGAAAGCAGCGAGUACUUACCAAAAUGGCUUAUCUUAUGAAAUGAGAGGAAAUAUCUGUUAUAUGAGCAUAAUCCUGAGCAUGAGCUGAAUCAAGAAGAGUAUAUUACUUUUUCUAAUUUGUGAUGCCUAAAGUUAAUUGUCUAUGAAAGAGUUCCGAAACGCAAAGAUGAGACCCAAGAUCAUAGUCGAACUAUUUAUGACGAUUAA